CUUCUGUUUUCUUUGCAAUUCGUCCUGACUUGAUAAUUGACAUCCAUGAGCCUUUUCCGAACGUGCGGUAGACCAAUUCAAUUCCUCCGACAGCUCUCCCACCCCUACUCCACAUCAGCAAGUUCUGCAAGACCCAACAAUCCCUUCAAUCUAGCCGUUCACCCCACGCUUAUCCGACGAACAAUGGCGUCCGCAAUGGCCAAGCGCCUCGAAGGCAAGACUAUCCUCGUUACUGGUGCCUCUUCCGGUAUCGGUAAGAGCACUGCCAAGGAGUUUGCACGUACCUCGCCCAACAACCUCAAGAUCAUCGUGACUGCGCGCCGUCUCGAGGCACUCAAUGAGCUCGCGGCUGAGAUUAAGGCGGAGGUCGGCGAGGGCGUCAAGGUGCUUCCUGUGAAGCUGGACGUCAGCAACCCGGAGGAGAUCAAGAACUUUGUGCCCUCUUUGCCCGUCGAGUUCAAGGAGAUUGAUGUGCUUGUCAACAAUGCUGGUCUUGUCAAGGGUGUCGCGCAGGCUCCCGAGAUUGCAUCCGAAGAUAUCAGUGUCAUGUUCAACACCAACGUCACCGGUCUUAUCAACAUGACCCAGGCCAUCCUGCCCAUCUUCAAGAAGCGUGACGAGGGCGGCCGUGGCGAUAUCAUCAACAUUGGAAGUAUUGCCGGUCGUGAGCCUUAUGCCGGUGGUAGUAUUUACUGUGCUACCAAGGCUGCCGUUCGUUCUUUCACCGAUGCCCUUCGCAAGGAGCUUAUCGCCACGAGAAUCCGUGUUAUCGAGAUUGACCCGGGUCAAGUUGAGACUGAAUUCUCUGUUGUGCGAUUCUACGGCGACAAGUCGAAGGCCGAUGCUGUCUACAAGGGUGUCGAGCCUCUUACUGGUGACGACAUUGCCGAGGUUGUCGUCUUCGCCGCCAGUCGUCGUGAGAACGUCGUCAUUGCCGAUACCCUAGUUUACCCUAGCCACCAGGCCGGCGCUGGUGUCAUGCACCGCAAGUCUUAAUAAACCUCCCGUGCUGGGAGACAGAGAUGAUACAGAUAGAUCGCAUCCAUAAUUGUUCAUGGUUACACCUUAUAUGAAUUCACAAAGGCAUUGACGCGGUGUUAUCUGGGCUGCAGACUAGUGCCAUCAUGUGGAUUGAAGUAAAUAUUAACAGGCAUACCUAAUAUGGUUGUCUUCAAUCUUAACAGCAUAUAUCGCAGUCGCCGAGUCUAUAUUUACCGCGGACUGUUUACUGAAUAUCAUGCAGGAACGCGUUCAGAAUAACCAGAACAAAUGGAAGUCAAUAUGUAUAAAACGAUCAUUUAUCUCGCACAUCAAAUGGGGAAGGGUGCAUAUCUG